AUCGGAAGUUGAUCUUGUUGACAACGGGAGAAGCCAAUUUCGGGGUUACAAUGUAUUGUUCAAUGUUGAUUUAGGUCUGAGUUCGUGUACAAGUUGCACUUUGUUUAGGCAGGACAUUGACAUUGAUAGGAUGCUUACUGCUAACCCCUAGUGUGGCAUGACAAAAUGCAAUCAUUCAGAGAUGGGGAGAAAGAAAGUUACAGUAUGAAUGAUUUUGGACCUAAACACAGCACACCUAUUAAGGCUCGAAGCUACAAACAGCAGUUUUCAGAUUAUGGAUCUCCCGUCUCAGUCAGCACACACAAGGUCGUUUCCAGGGCAAUGCCAAAUACAGCUGCCCCUCAGCGUGGAACAUUAGGAAGUAUUCCUGACUAUGUCACCCACACUACAACCCAGGACAGCUCAUUAGAUACAAGCCCAAUCUCUACCAGAAAAGUGUCACAAUUGGCAGCAUCUCAUGAGAGGGAUGAACAAAAGGAGGCCAGCUAUGAAAGAUGCAGAUCAUACACUGUGUCGACCUCUUAUGACUUGCCUAACAACAAAUGCAACAGCAAUGUUGAAAAGGAGAAGUCUUAUAAUACUGUUAUGCAGAAACAGGGCGGAACAUGGUUUGUCUCACCAACAAACAAUCUUGGACACCUAGGUGAUGGCAGUGCUGUCAACAAUAUGUCUGCUAUGAGAAAUGACACAUUGGCUUGGAGCCCUGGGUCCUCAGCAGCCCUUCUAGAGCAAGACAUCAUCAACAAACAGCGGCAUGAGAUACAGAUACUUAUGGAAGAACUGGGCACCCGUGACCAGGAGUUAAACGAUCUAGUAACAUCCCACCAAAAGCAGGUACAGGCCUGGGAGGCAGAGAGGGAGAAGUUCUUGUCUCUACAAAUGAGGCUUCGUAAUUAUGAAGAAGAGCUCAUGAAGAAUGACAGGCAGUUGAAAGAAAAAUUAAAAGAGAUGGCACUGGUCAGUGAGCAGAGAGAGGCUGAUGCCUUAGAGUUUAAAAGAACUCAAGAUGAAAUGGAAAAGUUGGCAGAGAAAAUCAGUGAAAAUUCUCAUUACAUACAAGAAAUGGAGUAUCAGAAUAAAAGUUUGAAGAAUACAAUAAAAGAACUAAUGGUAGAACAACACAAUAGAGAGAGGAGAGAACAAGAAUUGAUGAAAUCAAUAGAUGAUAAGGACAAACUUCUGUCAGAGAAGAAAGUUGAAAUCAACCAGCUCAAGGAUCAUGUUAAGUUCAUUGAAACCAGAUGUGAAGAGCUGGAGGAAAAAAAUAUCAAUAUGGCGGCUGAAAACAAUUCUUGGAAGAGAAAGUACUGCCAAGCAAAAGAUGAAGCUGACAGACUUUUAGUUCUAAAUAGUGAGAAAGAAGAAAACAACCAGAAGAUGACUCUCCAACUGCAGGAAUCACUUCAGCAAGCUGUAGCCCUCCAGAAAGCAUUGUUUACUAGCUGUGAAAGAGAAAAAUGUAAAGAAGAAGUGAUGUACUCUCUGAGGAAGCAACACAAGCGAACCAUGCAAGAGCUGCAAAAUAUACGAGAGCUUUACGAUCGUCAGAAUCGAGACCUUACUCUGUAUCACUUGAGUGUGAAGGAGAAAAAUGAUACGGAACUGGGGAAAAAAGAAAGUGAGCACAAGAAGAAGCCUGAGGACAUUGAUAAAGUCAACAAGAAGGACAGAGGGGAUAAAAAUAUGAGCUCCCAUAAAGAUCGGAUCCACUCUAGCGCCCAUGAUAGUGAAGAUAGUGCGACUUACCUAAUAAAAAAUAAGAAGAACAAAGCAGAUCGAAGUCAUGAAGAGGAUGGUGAUAAUGAAAAUGCAGAGAGCCCAUCCUAUCAGACAGAGACCUUUACACGUUCCACACGCCACACCACCCGAUGUUACAAUGUGGCCACUACCACCAGUAGCACCACACAGUUGUCAGAGGACAGAGACAGUUCAGCCUCUAGGUCAAGGCCAAGCACAAGCUUAGGAAUAAGCAAUACCUCAACUUGGGGCUCAAGUAGUAUUCAGAACUCAUCUAGGCACUCUGUCAACAAAAAUAUGCGCAGCUGUUCAGACCCAAGGCCAUGCAGCCAGAAGAGGUUGACAAGGUCAAGAACCACAUCCCCCAUCUUGACCCGCUACCCCAUUAAGUACAGAGAUAAGCACCAUUCCAGCUCAAGGUCAAGGCCAAAAAGAAGAUCCAGAAGCAUGACAGAGGCCAAGAUGGAAGAGAGCUGCUGCUCUUCCCCAGGAAGUCGUCUCUCUACAUUACAAUAUGAUGACGAUGGAUUAUCUCCAGCUGACAGUGACGGCAUGUGCCACGAGUUAAAGAGAGAUAUCACUAAAAUUUGUGUUGAAGCCUUUGAUAUCAGUCCCCAAUCAGAAAAGAACAAGACAUCCCAAGGGGCUAAACAUGCUUCAUCAAAGCAGUUUCCAUCUGCAAUGCUCAACCCACAAAGAAGUAGCUUUUUGAAGAAGGAAAGAGUGGAGAAAAGAAUUUCAUUCAGUGCUGAUGAUGAGGAGGAUACAGUAGCUACUGCACUCAGUACAUCAAAGAAAUCUUUAGAGCUUUGCACUCAAAAAGAAAAAGGAUCUCUACUUCGCCCAAAUGCCCAAGGAGAUUGCAUCAUAUCCCCCACAGCAAUUGAAAAUGAGUGCUCCCAUAAUUCUCCACAGGUUGUGGAUGAGACCAGUGCCCAAAAACCUUCUUGUGAGCAUAAAAAGUGUUCUCCACGCUACAACUGCUGCAAAUGGAAAAGCAAAGAGAUUAAACCUCACUAUCGUAGAUCUGACAAAAAGUCCUGUUGCAGUUGGAAAUCACAAAAACCUUUAUUGGAUGAAAGCAAACCUUCUGAAAGCAGUCCAGUGACCAAAAAAUGUCAGAAGCCUGAUCAUCAGCACUUUAAGAAAUGUACGGAAGAAACAAAGCCACCACUGAAAGACUCAAAGCCACCCAGUCAGAAAAUCCAGAAACCAGACAAAAAAUCUUCAAAAAAUCAAUGCAAAACUAUCAAAUCAAAGCCGAAGGAAGAAAAGAAUCAGUCAACUAAUGGUAAUCCAAAUUCACCUUCUAUGGAUGAAUCAGAAUUUAAAAAAAGAAAUUUCUAUGAGGAAAGUCAACCAAAUAACAAAAAAAAAGAAACCAAUGAAGCAUCACCAGAGAGCAAGCCAACCCCAUCUCCUGAUCCAGCUUCAGCUACUGAAAUACACCCAUCAGACUCUCAGCCAACAACAUCUAAAAAAUCUUUUCUUGAAACCUACCAGCCAUCUUUUCAUGGGCUGAGGCGUUCAAUAAUUGAUUUUAUUUAUCCUCCAUCUGAGGAGUCAGUAACUUCCAAAAAAGAAGAUGAAAAGGAGGCAACACAUGGCAAAAUUUCUUCUAGAAAACUGAUUUCUUCCGAUAGUGAGAAUGAACCUUCAAUUUCACCAAUCAAAAGUUAUCAAAAUUCACAUAAUAUUGAGCAAAGGAAGUACUCUGAGAAAAAAUAUUCAGAGGCAUAUGAUAGCUCAGACAACAAUGAAAGUAAUGUAGAAGUUAACAGGCAGUCUACUAGAGAGCAUAAAACUUCUGGUCAAACAUCUGAUUUCAAAAUAAACCAACCUUCUAGAGAGCAAAAUGUUUCGGAGCAGCUUAUAGGAUCUCAGCAAGCAUCAGGUGUAAUGAACGAACAGAAAUUAAGUACUAUGAAGGAACAGAAACCUUCUGAUCAAUUAACACCUUCCAUUAGCAAUAGAGUUUCAUAUUUAUCUCCUCCUCCCAAAUCUUCUUUCAGUGAACGCAGAACCAAUGAAGUGAGCAGCAAAAAAGUCAGUAACACCUUUCUAGAGAGUGCCCCUUACAGUGAGAAGAAAGGCUCUGAUUGCCACAUAGGCAAAAAGAACAUUCCCUCAAAUUAUUUUGAAGAACAAUUGCUUUACAAUGAGAAUUUUAAUAUCCAGGGAGAAACUGAUCGCCAAGUUAACAUUGAUAAUGGCAUGCUGACAAUAUCCAAUGACCAGAGGCAGAUUAGGAAUGAGGAAGAUCUUGAAGAAGAAAUGAUCACAUUUUCUGAUCAGAAGCAGAGAAGGAAAUCUGAGGAUAGAGUAAUUAAUGAACGAAGAAUUUCAUUUGUCGAGCAAAGAUCAAGCUUUAUGGGUAACAAGCCCACAUUGAGAGACAGCAAUACAUCUCCUUUUGUUAUGGUUUCUCCUACAGUCAACCGAAAGUUUUCUAAAAACAGCGAUCAGGAAUACAUACCUAAGAAAACAAUUAAAAAGUCUAGUGAUGAAGUACUGGCAAAAAAUACUUCAACCCCAAUCUCCAAGCACCUUUUCUCUAUAGAUGAAGAUACCAUUAGUAUUGAUGUGUCUCCAGAUGGUGGAAAAACAAAAGUUUUUUCUUACUCCAAAAGCAGUAUUCCAGCCAGAUAUUCACAAGAUGUUGAUUUAGAUGAGACAGGGCCCAUUGGAAGUUUACCACCAUCAAAAAUAUAUACUUUCUCCAACAAAAGUGUUCAAGAUACUUCAGGAAAAUUUUUAAAGGAUAUUAUUAUGGAUGAGAUAGAACCUAUGGAGAAUAGAUCAAAAGUGUAUACAUUGUCUAACAAAAGUCUUCCGGCUACUCCAAAAUCAUCCAAAAAUGUUUCUUUGAGCUUUACAGUACCAAAGGAAAGUGUACGGUCAUCUAAAAUGUUUCCAUUCUCUGACAAAAGUAUUCAAGGUUCUUCUUGUACAUUUUCAAAGGAUAAUGAUUUUGAAGAGACAGAACCUAUAGGCAAUAUACCAACUUCAAAAGUCUUUUCAUCAUCAUCUAAUAAACAUUUUGUUGAAGAGCCCUCUCAGCAUUUAUUUAGUGUUUCAAACAAAAGUGUUGAGGUAGUUCCCAGCAAAAUGUCACGUUCUGUAAGCUGUGAUAUAAAGGAACAGCCCUCCAAUAUGCAGCCAACUAGCGUGUAUUCAAAUAAAAGUGUAGAGGUCUCUCCAAGCAUGUACUCUCGUGGAGCAAGUGCUCAAAACUUUUUGGAUACAUUAAAAUAUGAGUUGCAAGAACCAGCAAGGAGAAAAGGAUCCUCUAAAAACUCCAUCAUGUCGCUUCGUCGACCAGGAUCCCCUGGACAGAAUGUGACCUAUUUAAAAGAGUCCCCUAGAAGUGGCAAGUGCUCAAAGAUUUGCUCUGGCUCUGAUGACAGCCCAGUCUUGGAAAUUUCACCUGUCACACUUGUGAACUGUGCCCCAUUGAAAGAAAAACAAAAAAGUAAGAGUUCAGCACCACUUUCUGGUUUUUUCUUGAAGAAGAGUAAAAAGAUGAAGAUCACUGUUCAGUACUCAGAUGAUGAACAUAAAGAUUCAUCAGAUGAAAGCUCACAAUCUGAAACAUUUUCAGUGCAAGAGGAUAGUGAUGAAUAUAAAACUGCAAGCAGGCCUUGCAGCAGAUGCAAGAAAAAACAAGCCAAACCUUGCAAAUGCUGCCAUGCUCGGCACCCCAAACUAAAAUCAGAACCUUUUAAGCACCAUGGGAUUUACUCUUGCAAAGAUAAGCUAAUGUUACCAGCUAACGAGACAGACUACAGAGAAAGAGCAAUCAGAACUGGUGGUAAGUCCAGCCUCCACAAGGGAGACAAGUUCAGCUUUGAAAAGAUGUUGCAAAGAAACCCCGUCUGGGGACAUCAAAAAUCAGUUUAUGGUCUGGACUGUGGUCCUGGUGACAAAGACUAUCUUGAAACUGGCUUGGGGUUGUCCUCCUUUAAAUACUCAGGAACAAGAGUUGAUCCUUUUCUGGCACAACACAUGUAUAGCAGCAAGGUCAGCUCAACCUGCUUGCCACAUGAUGUUGGCAUUUAUCUAUCCCAGCACAGGAAACUUUACUGCAACAACAACAGGUCGCAGGACAGCCAAUCAGAUGAGGGCUCAGAUAUUGCUCAGGAAUUGGGACAGAAGGUGGACAAGCUAGAUUUGGUAUUGGAUGUCCCAAAUGAACCUGGUAUAAAUACCAGCAUUGACAAAGUGCAAAGCUUUAGUCACUCCAAACAGAAUGUCUUCUCUGAAAACAUCCCCAUGGCAACGGAUGACCAAACUAAACUAAACCCAGUUAAUGAAGCACCAGACAGAGAAAUGAGAGAUUAUUUUUAUACUGAAACUGUAAGCAGCGCUUGUUCCUUGCAUAAUUGUAUCCAAAAAGAUAAAACCAACAAUAGUGCCAACAUGGCCAAACCUGAUGAUGGCAUUGACAUUGCCCAAUUGCAUCCAUCAAAACCUUUUAUAACAUUCAGGGGGCCUUCUCUCUACAAGCAUCUCUCGCAAAUCCAUUUCUCAGAGAAAUCAAAUAGAUAUGAGUGGGUCAAGGGAUCUGAGUGCUUCAGCAAAGGUUAUGCUACUAACUUGUAUAACUAUUUAACAGAAUUAAGAGUAAUCCAUGCACAUUCCCAGGGGUCAAAUAAGACAAUGUGUGCUGAUGGUGAGAUGUCGGAUAAAUCUCCAGACUCAGGACAUCACAGUUUAAGUGGUGGCUAUCAGGAUGGCAUGGAUCUAGGGUUGGCCAAUAAUAACUACAAUAAUAACAGAGACAGCCAUUUACCAGAAUGGCAUCGUCCAGAAGAAAUGGUCAGUAAGGAUCCAGUGGUUAGAAAGUUAAACUUUGAGGAUACAAGCUUAUUCAAAAGUGUCCAGGCUAGUCCUGAUCUGGAAAGAACACUAAAUUUCGGUCAAGAUGAAGUUGAGAUUUCUCACAAUGGGGAAAUGGAACUUAGGUCAGAACUCUUGCAUAAAACAUCAUGUGCUAGAGAUAUGAGCUAUAAUUUCCAAAACUUUGAAGAGUUGCCAGACAUUGAUUACGCUGACUAUAUUUUACUAACUAAAAAUGUUAACAGCUCGGAACUUUUGGAAUCUAACCAUCCAAAUCUAGCCGACUACUUCAAUGACAUUUCUACUAUUGUUGUUGACUCUGAUGAAGAAGGUGGCAUUAUAAAUAACAGGACAGAAAAUGUCAUGUGUUUAGUUGACAGAGUUGAGAACAGCUCCUGCCCAGAAACUGUAAAAAAAAAAGAUGAAAAGAUAAACUCCAAAGAAAAUCUUCUGAAACAAAAAUUAUCAGUUGACCUUGAAAAUCAUCUAGAUACUUUGCCAAUGGAUGAAUUUACUUUAUUUAAUCCCUAUAGGUCUACUCAUUGCGACAAAGAUUGGUCUAAAAAUGCUCCGAAAAAUGGGGGGAAUGUAGUCUUUCAUAAAUGGCCCGAAAUUUAUGAGAAAUUAGCUGAUCAGUUACCAGCAGUGGAAGGAAGUUUUACAGUGAAAUCUAUCCAGAAUGAAAAUCAGAAAAGCGUGUAUUCUUGUUUAGAUAAUUUGAUUGAUAAAAAUGAUUGUGUGGAAAACCAGAUGUCUGAAAAGGAUUCUGAAUACUCUAGCCAACAUUUGAUAUGUGCCAAAAGGAAGAAUGAAUCAUCUGUAGCUUAUGAUCAAUCAUGUCCGCCUGGGGGUUUGCUUCAAGUUCUUCAGGCUACUGGGUUUAAUAGCCAACCCCCACAACCCUGUGAUAUGCAGGGGGACUUUUCCAAUUCUUUAUCUGAAGUCAGAAGCAUCAUUGUUGAUGAAAGCAGUAGCUCUGCAUGUAACCAGUUACAAGAAGUAGGUACCAAAGUCCCUGAUUGGCUUGAUGAGGAAGUGUUAGGAAUACCUGAAAAUCUGUUUAAUGAAAGCAUACCAAGCCCUGAUGGACAAGAAAUCCAAGACAUUUCUGAAACACUUUGGGAGGAUAAUGUCAGGCCACAGUUAUCACCUGCGACAAGGCUGUACAGGUUACUGAUUCAGUCCCAAGAAAUGAUUAACUUGCUAGAACAUUCCCCUGCCAUCCCUGAAUCUGUUCAAAUAGAGGUUUCAACGUCACACAAGCAGCCCUGAGCUCCUGGUGCUAGGAAAUGUGUGCCAAUGUCCCCUCGCAUUCAAGAGAGUAUCAUCUUCAGCAUUUGUAUACUUCGCCACAAACUCCGUUCCUCAGUGCAUUGAGCUUGUCUGCCCCCUUGUAAUAAACUCAUCAAACAGCAA